ACUUCUGCAAGUCAGUUGUGUUUCGUGGCACUGAAAGUGGGUGUUGGGUAAAAAAAAAUCAUGAAGGUGGUGCAUUUUGUGAUUGUGCUAUUACACUGGCAAUUGUCCGAUGCAAGGAUUGCCAUCAGUGACCAAUAUGUAGUUAAUCCAUUGAUGGAACCUUGCGAAAUUCGCGUGAGUGGAGGUGGUCUCGGUGAGCCACAACCGUUAAUUCUCAAUCGUGAUGCUACGGAGUUUGUUGAACCAAAAGAUGCUGCAGGUAUCAUUCGACUCAAUCCAGGUGAUGUUAUAUCACUCUUCUGUACAAAUGGCUUCGCCACUCCAUCUACAACGAUGGACCUCGUACGAGCCACGUGUACAACGGGCAACAUCUUCACCAUUGAUAACAAGAUGGAUGAAAUAGCUUUCUCUGAUAUUACCUGCACAGCUUAUCCAUAUCAUACAGCAAGAAAAUCCGGGAAAAUGUGUGGUAAUGGUGCAGGCGUAGAUAUUGAAGUGGGAUUCAUUGUUAAAGGGAGUUUUAUUGAGCUCUUCCACAUUUGCCACGACGAUAUUAUCGAGAGCACAAUGUACGUUGAACAUACCAUGGGACCGGGCAAUGAAGGAUAUCAGAGAUCUUUUCCACGACCACCGUGGCUCAGUUCGGGAUUUUUUAGCGGUAAAAAUGCCGAUCAACUAUAUACAAACGUUAACCAGAAGGCAAUGGUGGCGCAAAUUCUAGGAUCACAGGAACUUGCUGAUAAGUUUAUUCAACCAACAGCAACGAACAUUUACCUUGCACGUGGUCAUAUGGCUGCCAAGGUUGACUUUAUCUUCGGUGCUCAACAACGUGCCACAUUCUGGCUCAUAAAUGUCGCCCCACAGUGGCAAAAGUUCAAUGCUGGCAAUUGGGAACGAGUUGAGAGUAGCGUAAGACGGAUGGUGUCACAGAGGAAUACCAAUCUCAAGCUCUACACGGGAACUUAUGGCGUUAUGACCCUUCCCGAUAUUAAUGGAGAACAGCAGGAGAUCUAUUUGCACUUCGAUGAGAACAACAAUGGCCAAAUUCCCGUGCCAAAGCUCUACUAUCGUGUUAUCUAUGAAGAAAGCACAAAGCGUGGUAUUGUCCUUAUUGGUGUUAAUAAUAUUCACAUAACAGUGGAUGAAAUUGAAGAACAAGGCUACAUUAUUUGCGAAGAUGUUGCAGAUAAAAUUAAUUGGGUCAAUUGGGACAGAUUCAAUUUAGAUCUUGGGUAUUCGUAUGCAUGCGAAGUUGAGGAAUUUGCAAAAGUUGUUGAUCAUCUUCCAAAAAUGGAAAUUAGUGGGUUGUUCAUUUUGAAAAAAAUGUGGAGAAAAAAUAUUUUCUUGUGCACCUUGUUGGUCUUGGUGCUCACCAAUGGGUUGCAUUGUGAAGAAGAAAACGAUUUAGAUGUGGAAAUGGAGGAACCACCCAUUGAGGAAGAUGCUGAGAAACCAUCCACUCACGCUCAAUGCUCAAUUUUGUGGUUCAAUGUUGGUGAUCCACAACCACUCUUUCUCAUACCGAAUACUACCGAAUUCUUCGUUCCUACCCAUCCCAAUGGCAUAAUGAGACUCACAGCUGGGGAACAAAUUGAGCUCUUCUGCUCAUCGCAUUUCCCACUCUUUGGCACUAAUGUUCAAACCAUCUUUGCCACGUGCGUGAGUGCUGAUACGUUUUCCGUUAAUGGAGUUCACCAUCAAAUAUCAAGCCUCACCUGUGCAGAUUAUCCAAUCCAUACGGGUAGAAAUACCGGAAGGCAGUGCCAUGGAAGUGGAAGUCGCAUAACUGAAAUUGGUUUUCCGGUGCGCGAUCGAUUCUUCCAUUUGUACGAUGUGUGCCACAAUACGGAUACAUCAACAACCUACUACAGCCACUUUUGGCUGCGUCCUGGCAAUCAAGGCUUCCAGCGGGGAUUCCCAAGACCACCCUUUAUUCAGUACGACCACUUCCCAAGCAACAUCAAUGUGAACCUCAUGUACACAAGAAACCGCCAACGACAGACUAUUGCGCAAAUUCUGCAGGAUCAACGCCUUGCCGAUGAUCUAAUCCACCCAACUAAUGACUACUUCCUCGCCCGUGGGCACUUAGCAGCUAGAGCUGACUUUAUCUUUGGCAAUCACCAAAGGGCAUCAUUCUACUUCAUUAAUGCCGCCCCACAGUGGCAGACGUUCAACGGUGGCAAUUGGGAAAGAAUUGAAGAUGGUGUUCGACGUUGGGUGGCAGAUCGUGGUAUUGAGGUGGAAGUCUACACCGGCACCUGGGGUAUCCUACACAAAAACGACAUCAAUGGCAACCCACAGCCACUCUUCCUUGUCCCAGAUAACAACAAUCCCCGUAUUCCUGUGCCAAAGUUCUACUACAAAGUCGUCUAUGAACCACGCACCACCUCAGCCAUUGUCUUCAUUGGGGUGAAUAAUCCUUAUGCAACAUGGCAGGAAAUCACCAACGACUACAUGUUGUGCAGUGAUAUCGGUGACCGAGUUAAUUGGCUAAACUGGGACAGGGAGAGACUUUCCCUUGGAUUUUCUUAUGCAUGCGAAUGGAAUGAUUUUAUCCGUGUUGUUGAUCACUUACCCAACUUGAGGGUGACACAGCUUUUAAUAUAAAAUUGCCCCAAUUUCUCUUGCAUUUGCAAUGAAGAAAUUUCCAUAUCCGGAAAAUAAAUAUUUUGUUGAAUGAAAGAAAGAAAAA